AUGGAACAUCUGCAGCCGAUAUCCAAGACACAGUUUCUUCCUGUGUCACUUCAGGAGCUCAGCAUGCUGCUUUCAGCGGGCUCAGAAGCUGUUACGAAUGCCUACCAACAAUUCCGUCUAGUUUUUCAAGAACGAUCGAUGAUGGAGAUAGGACUCACUGAUACCUUUCUAAUGCAAGCCCAGACGGUAGCUAGCGGAAACGGGAAAGACGCAUUCUUUGAAUGGAGCAACAAUGAAAACGUAACUGGUUGUGAUUUUGCGGUCACUGUCAAUAGCCACCAGACGAACGGCCCCCACCAGACGAAUGGUUACAGUAUUCUAUUCCAAGCAAAAGUCGCAAAAACCGCAGAGGGCGGCACUUACGCCGACUUUUUCUAUGAAAGCGCGAAAACCAUCGGCAGGGUAAAGGUUCAGGAAUAUCAGAACAUCCUUCUCGCUAAUUAUGCCAAGAAAAACAAAUUUGAGGCAUACUACGUCAUAUAUGACGUGAAAGAGGUCCGGUGGGUCAACGUUUUUGCGUUGGCACGCUGGUUUGACCAAACUGAUAAGACAAAAAUGACAAACGUCGACUACCUAAUCGAUGCGUUCAAAGCUCUAGCAAAAACGUCAUUUCUUGAGGCUCGGGAAGAGACUGAGGAGACGAAGUGA